GCACCUAACAUAACCUUUAAAAUCAUAUUCUACAAUCAUUUUCCAAUUUUACGCAGACUGCAUGAUUGAAUAAAUGGAUAUAUAUUUUUAUUAAUUUGUGGACGGAUAAAUAAUUGUAUAUUGUUAAAAAUGUUAUUGCGUACGUUUUUAUGCAUAAGCCAUCGUUUGUGUUCUCAAAAUGGUAUUAAUAAACUGGGAAUUACAGUACAAGCGGCUGGACUAAAACAUUUUGUUAUUCCUGAAAAAUAUAACUAUGAAUUGCCACCUGAUAAUAAAGGAAAACGUCUGCCAAUACUUCCGAAAGUACCGCUUUAUCCAAGUAAUUUGAAGCCUUUUAAAAUGCAAAAAAAGCUCAGACUUAUGAGGGGACCCGAAUUAGUUCAUAACAAACUUUUACAUAAGCAAUUUGGAGUUAUAGCAUUAUCGGGUGGAAGAUUGAAAUAUGGGCAUUUUGAAAUGGUACGUUGGACAUGCGUGAGAAAAUUACCAGAGAAGGCUUCGGUAAUAUGGCGAGUCCCAGCUCCAUGGCAACCUGUUACAGCUAAGACAGCUGGUCAACGAAUGGGUGGAGGCAAAGGCGCUAUCAGCCACUACGUUACACCUAUUAAAAAUCAAAGAGUAAUUAUUGAAGCAUUUGGACCAAUUGAAUUUAUAGAGGUACAGAAGGUGUUAAAGGAAAUAGCGGAUAAAUUACCUUUUAAAGCAAUAGCAAUCACACAAGCUAAAUUAGAUCAAAUUCACGAUGACGAAAAGUAUGUCGAGGAGAAUAAUGAAAAUCCAUGGACCUUGAAAUAUAUUAUUCAAAAUAAUUUGGGAGGAUGCGAUAAAUGGAUUAGACCUAUUGACAAAUAUUGGUUUGGUAAAUACAGGUAGUUUUAUAAUUUUAACUUAAUUGUGUAAUUAAAAAUGAAGAAUAAAAUUUUGAAA